AUGUCCAGCAAGACCAAAGUCGUCCUUGUCACAGGCUGCUCGGAAGGCGGCAUUGGCUUCUCCCUGUGCGAGCAAUUCGCGGAGCAAGGAUGCAAGGUGUACGCAACAGCGCGAAACAUCGAGAAGAUGCAAGGGUUCACACAUGCUGGGAUCGAGAAAUUGACAUUGGAUGUGAAGAAUGAUGAAGAUGUGAAGCGUGUGGUGGAGGAUGUCAUCGACAGGGAGGGCAGCAUCGACAUUCUCGUAAACAAUGCGGGGGUAGGAUGUUUUGGCCCCGUCCUCGAAAUCCCACUCGAUCAAAUCAGAGACGUCUUCGAAGCGAACACGUUCUCUAUCUUGCGUGUCUCCCGCGUCGUCGUUCCUCACAUGGCUGCCCGCAAGCAGGGACUUAUCGUGAACAUAGGAUCCGUUGUUGGAGAGAUCCCGACACCCUGGGCGGGCAUCUAUGCGUCGUCAAAGGCAGCCACGCACGCCAUUACACAGGUCCUUGCGAUGGAAUGUGCCCCUCUCGGCGUGGACGUCACACUUGUGGCUCCAGGCGGCGUACGGUCUAACAUCUCGAGCAGUGCCUCCCCGACUUUCACCCUCCCUCCUGACACGCUCUAUGCCAAAUUUCUCGACAACAUCAUCGCGCGCAUGUGGGCGAGCCAGAGCCCUCAAUCCAUGCCCACUCCGGUAUUCGCGAGGGAGGUCGUUGCAAAGGUCCUACAAUCGAAACCGCCUUUCUACGUAACGUUGGGACACAACUCGACAAUCUUCAAGGUAUUCAAGUGGUUGCCGAGGACUUGGGUCAUGGGGUACUUGUGGAAGCUGUUCAGUUCUCCGAAGGCUGGCGCAAAGUAA